AGAACUCGGCUCGCAUAGUAAUUUAGCUGAUUUGGUAAUAAAUAUUUCUUUGAGUCAAAUAUUUUUGAUUUCUAUUGCGUUCAACUAAACUAUAGGUACAGACUUGAGACUUGCGUAUUAAACAUUUUUUGUUUGCAUAGUUCCAUACAGCUUUUUCUUCAAUAAGUACUUCAAUGAUUAAAUUUCAGUAAUGUUCAUGCUUCAUUAGUAAAAAUAUACGAGUACUAUAUAUACACAUUUACUGUAUUGGCUUGCAAACAUAACUCCAAAGUAUGAAUUGAUGACCUUACAAAUUUAACGCUGAUUGUGUAUGGUUGUUCUAAAUACUAAUCGUGAAAGUGAUAGAGAACAGUUUCAAAAAAUCGCAUAAUAAGAAUGUUCGCAAAGUUUAUGUGGGUCGCGGUUUCUAUUGUAAUAGCUGUGUAUAAAUCUAAAUGUGAGCACUUUACCGAAUACAAUUCCUUUGAUGAAUUUAAGAAUGCAAUCAACAAAAGUUAUAUGCAUACCUUCGAAGAACUUCGCAGCAAGGAAGCUUUCGAACAAAAUACUUAUUUUGUACAACAACAUAAUAAAUUAUUUGAAAAGGGCGAAAGUAGUUACCGCUUACGAACAAAUAUAAUGGCAGAUAUGAGUGGCGAUGUUUAUCUAAAAAAUAUUCUACGCUUGUUAAGAAGUAUACGCUUUGGUGUAGGAGUCGAUUUCCAUUCAGAAAUUGUGGGUUCACCGUUGAUACAGCAAUUGCCAGAAGCAAUAGAUUGGAGAAAAACAGGUUUCGGAACGCAAGUUGAUAACCAACAAACCUGUGGAUCAUGUUACGCUUUUAGUAUAGCUGAGAGUAUCGAGGGGCAGAUAUUUAAACGAACUGGACGUUUAUUACACCUCAGCCCACAACAAAUCGUCGAUUGCAGUGUUACCUUUGGUAAUCAGGGUUGCACUGGUGGGUCUUUACGCAAUACACUUACAUAUUUGCAAGCGACAGGUGGUUUAAUGCUUGAGAAGGAUUACAAAUAUGUUUCAAAGAAAGGAAAAUGCCAAUUCGCUCCAGAACUAGCUGUUGUGAAUGUCACAUCGUGGGCAGUUCUACCAGCUAAAGAUGAGAAAGCGAUUGAAGCAGCAGUGGCUCAUAUUGGCCCGGUAUCAACUUCCAUAAACGCCACCCCGCGGACAUUUCAGCUAUAUAGCGAUGGCAUUUAUGAUGACGACUCUUGCACUUCGGAUACAGUUAACCACGCGAUGCUUGUUGUAGGCUAUACGAAGGAAUAUUGGAUUCUUAAGAAUUGGUGGGGCGAAUUGUGGGGAGAAGAUGGCUAUAUGCGCUUGCGAAAGGGCAAGAACUUGUGUGGUAUUGCUAACUACGCAGCAUAUUCAGUGGUUUAGUGGCUUAGAUUUGAUUUCGACAAUUUUUCUUGAUGUACCUACAAAUGCAUAUGAGCUUAGAAUGGAAGUUAAUAAAUUAUAUUGAACUGCCCAUACAAUAGUAUGACGACCAAUAAAAGUUAGACUGCAUAAUAUAAGAAAUUUUGAAGAAUUUGUUAUUAACCAAUAAAUUACUUCAGAUAUACAAAUAAAUAUAAAUCAACAUAUUCAUCAAACGCAUAUAUGCGCCCAAUAAAAA